CCCCAUACCGGAGAGGCAGAGUGGUACGGUCCAGACGCAGCCUUUUCCCUAUGGAGUUGUUGCUGAGGAGCUUUCAGAGUUUCGGGGAACGAGAGAAGCGAGAGCACGGGCGGCGAUAUGGCGCUGACAAUGACUGCCCAUUAUCUCAGGAAUAACCCGAUUCACCCGGGACUGAAUGUUCGAGUUCCUGCUCAUGCUGUCAUUUGUGUCAGGGCUGGUGUAUGGCAGUCAGGUGGUCGUCCCUCCUAAAGUGAACGCCGUCUUGGGAAAAAACGUCACCCUCAGCUGCAGGGUGCAGGUGGACACGAACCUCAGCCUGACGCAGAGCUCAUGGGAGCGGAAGCUGCCCACUGGAUGGGUGACUCUGGCCGUGUAUAACCCCAUGUUUGGCAUCUCCAUCCCGCCAGAUUACGAGCGACGGCUGUCCUUCCGCUCGCCCUCUAUGCACGACGCCACCAUCGUGCUAGAAGACGUGGGUUUCGCUGACAUCGGCAUAUACACCUGCAAGGUUGCCACCUUUCCACUGGGUAACACUCAGGCCUCCACCACUGUCAGCGUGAUAGUGGAGCCGAAGGUGUACGUUUCGGCUGGAUCUUCCGCUCUGAUCGACGGCGGCAAUGAAACCACAGUGGCCACUUGUAUCGCUGAGAGGGCUCGGCCCCCUGCCGACGUCUCCUGGGAGACGAAUCUGUACGGCACGUCUGAGGCCCACAUGCAGGACGAUGCCAAUGGCACCACUACGACCCAGGUGCACUACACCUGGCAACCCUCCCGUCACGCCCAGGGUCACACGCUAACAUGUGUGGUCAAACACCCCGCUCUACAGAGCGACUUCAGGAUACCCUAUAUCAUCAACGUACAGUUUGCUCCAGACAUCCUGGUGCUGGGCUAUGACGGCGACUGGUAUGUGGGCAGGGAGAAUGUGCAACUAAAGUGUCGAGCCAAGGCCAACCCGCCUGCCCAGCACUUCAGAUGGUUCAGGUUGGAUGGAAACAUGCCAGAUGGAGCGGAGGUGGUGAAUAACUCGUUGGUGUUUACGAGACCCUUGCAGAAGAACGACUCUGGGGUUUACAGGUGUGAGGUUGGAAACGACAUCGGACUGCGCACUCGAGACAUUAGAAUACGUGUUCAGGAUCCUCCCUCAACCACCACCAUGCCCCCCACCACCCCCGUGCGCCUCCUAACCGCCGACAUCUCUGCCACCGUGUCCGGCAAUAAGCAGCGAGCCCUCAUCACCUCUCCGACCCUCGCGCCUCUGCCGGAGGGGAGCCUAGGCACGAUUGUGGGUGGGGCUGUAGGCGGAGCCCUCUUCCUGCUGUUGCUGCUCAUUCUGGGCGGGGUUUAUUAUCAGCGCCAACGGCGGACGUUCCGCGGCGACUACUACACAAAGCAGUAUCACGGCCCCUCGGAUAUGCAGAAGGCUCCCCAGCCCCACGAGCUCCAGCAAGUCUACAGCAAAGGAAGCCCUGACACCAAGCUCAAAUCCAACCAGGAUAAUGGCACCAUCUACCCGGAUAAGGAUCGAGAAGAGUGGGGCGAUUUCGACCGCGAGCGUUCGCCCAACGGGCGCAGCAGAGCUCUGAGGGAAGCCGCCGGUCAAAUGAAUCACCAUAAUCAUCUCAACCACGAGCACGGCUACCACAGCAACCAUCACCCUGUCCAUCCGCAAAGCUUCAGUCCAGCUCAUCAUAUCCAGAGGAGCUCGAUGCAGCCGGAGCCCCGCAGGUACGCCGCUCCGCAAGUCAUGAGCAACGGCUCCCCCUACCUGCCGGAGGACUGCUACGACAACGACUACGUGUCGCACACGGAUGGCUCAAUGAUCUCCCGGAGGGAGUGGUAUGUGUGAAGAAGCAGGAAGAGACUGCGUGGACACUUACAAAGUGCUUCAGACUGCAAGGAUAGUAGAAAAUUAGUAGGAAACGCACCUUUUCUAGUAGUUUACACCUACCGGUUUGUUUUUGUACAUUAGCCUAAUCAGUUCAUAGCCAUGGAUGUUUUGGGACCAAGAGAGGGUAUAAUUCUCGUCUUCAUUUCUUAGAUUGGUCAGGCAACAAGACAUCUGCUUUAUAUUUCACCAGGGGUGAUUUAAGUUGCCAAAUCAAUAGCCUUGCACAGCAAGGUGAACUGUGUGAUUUAUUUAAGAAAGCAGUUUGAACAAAUGCAAUUUGUAUUGAGAUAACCUGUCGAUAAGUGCUUUAGAGCACCCCCGCCGUGAGCGACGAGUUUCAAUGAGUCACGUCAACUUUCAAUGCUGUCACUCUGAUGGAGGCAGAAAUUAGCUCCUGUCAACAGCCUGGCGGUUUCCAUGGCAACCUUUAUUUCUUCUCUACUCGCAUUCAGAGUUGCCGUAGGGAGGAGCUAGACAGGGAGGACCGACCGUGCUGGAUUUGAUAAAGCCCAAUGGGCAAAAGCCAGACAGGAUGAUUGCUGAAAUGGGGUGGCUGUAAUUGUAUCAAUUCAGCUUCCAUUUGCAUACCGCCGCGUCACUGUAUUAGCUCUGGAUCUCUUUUGUUUGUGCCAUCGGAAAUGCUUGCCGCCGUGCGAGUCUGUCUGCAGAAGACGGUUGGACAAUGCACUUUGAAAACUACUGCCAUUGUUCAACGUAUUGAUGUAGCUGUCUGGCUUGUCUUCGUCAGACCGUCACUGCCCAGUGUUAACAACCUCCUCGACUGCGUUCAGCGACGUCAAAUCGAGUCUCUUGUGUGUGUGUGUGUCUGUAAUAUGUACAGUAAAUCCAAUCACCAACAGUGUUUUGAUGAAUCGGCUCAUUGCCUGUGCAAUAGUGUUCAGAUUUCUAGUCUCAGAUCUCAUUCGCGCACAUAAUUUAACGCAGCAGACGAUAGCCUAACACGCCAGUUAUUGGUCGUUAAAUUUGUGUUGGCUGGAUCUUAAUAAGCUAGCAGAUGCGUAUGGUUGGUUUUUGAGAUAUUGUAGUGCCUUAAACUGAAGACGUGCCCUGUAAAGUGCAUGCGGAAGUUACGUACAAGCGAGUAUCUUUUCAGAGGAAGUAUGCGAGUAGUUUUAAGGCAUGGUCAGGUUGGGUGCUGUCCUUUGUUCACCACCUUGUUUUGUGUAGCAUUUGCUUUUUGCUGGUUUUCAGAUGACGUAAUUGUUUUGCUCGCAUUAAACGACGUGUGACACUUGAGUCACGGUGCACAUUAAAGAGUUACGAUAAAGUGAAACUUAAAACGUCUAUGUGUACAAUGCUGAGGUGAAGAAUUCAAUGAAACGAGGUUGUUAUGUAUAUAUGCUGGCAGUUAGGAGAACCUUAGUUUGUUUGGAUUUAGAGAUUUGAUGGUGGAUGCACUAGAAAACCCACCAUUACACGGAUUGUGAUGAGAGGAUCACGUGUACACUUCUCCAGAACGUCUUUUCCACUUUUUUGUUUUACAAAAGAGCUACUGUAAAAAAAAGAAAAUACAAAAACAAAAGAAUAGCAAAGAAGAAAUGUAUUUGCAAUGUAUAGAUGAGCAUUAUUUUGUAAAAUCAACCUUUGGGAUACAUUUGUUUUGAAAAUAAAGCACCUUUUUUCUGUGAAAUGUUUCUUUGUUUUAUAACUAGGCCUCAGAUGCUUUCUGUGUUGGUUGGAGGGGUGAACGUUGAGGUCUUGGGUGUGACUGGUUGCUUCAGCUGGAGAAAUGUUCCCUGUGGGGGUCUCCUCUACGCUCCUGGAGGCCUCCAGGGAUGUAUUCUUCACACCCACUUUUCCUUUGCUGUGGUUAACCUACUUCAUCUCCAAAGAUCCCUUCGUGCUCUAAACCUUAUGCGUAUUUUGUGGGAAAGCCUGUGGUUGAAAGCUUCCUGUGGAUGGGGGCUGAACUUCCUCUCAGACUUACCUAGGAUAGCCCUAAAGUGGGGUGGAUUAUGGACUUGUUGAUUCUUGUGUUUGCACUGCUGUUCUGUCGAGCUGUGUGAGAGGAGAUGGGGGGAGCUGCUUGAUGAAGGGAAGAUCAAGCACAGCAGUGGGACUAAAUGGUGUUUGAGAGGUUUAUGUUUCAUAGCCGUCGGUGAGUCUGUCAUCCUGUCCGAUCAGCUGGUGGUGGGACAACCUGGUAAUUACAGUCAUCAAAAGUUCCACAAUGAGUCAGUGUCCAAAGUCAGCUCAUGAAACGUGGUGAUUUAAUUCAAGAUAAAGGAGGAGUAAAAUGAUCGUAUAAGCAGUGGUUCUCAAACUUCAUGCGUUGGAACCCUUUGCAACCCAAAUCUGGGUAAAAUAAAUUUGGAGUUUUAAAAUAGUUACCCAUUGUUUUUAGUAAUGUGCAGUUAUUCUUGAUUUAUACCUUUUAUCUUGGCAUGGCCUCAAUUUCACUAUAGGCAUGCACUGAAAUUAAUUCAUUCAGUGAAUGAAUUAAUAAAAAUGUUCUACAGUAUUUUGUUUACUGUUUCACAGAUUUACUUAAUUGUUUUUAAAGUAAUGCAAAACUAAAUGCAAUUUAACUGUGAAAAAAAGAUCAAAAGUUAUAGUAAGGACAUUUGCAUGUUAUAUAAUUUUUCUAUUCCAAAUAAAUGUUGUUCUUUUACAAUUUAUAUUUAUUUCAAAUAAAUGUUGUUCUUUUUCAGUUUAUAUUCAUCAAAGAGUCAUAAAAAAAAACGUUUCACAUUUACAAAAAAUAUGAAGCAACACAACCAUUUCCAACAUCAAUAUUAAGGAUCAAAAAAGGGUAUCAGCAUACUGAAUGUCUUUCUGAAGGAUCAUGUGACACUGAAGACUGGAGUAAUGACUGUAUGAAAAUUCAGCUUUGCCAACAUAGAAAUAAAGAGGUGUUUGAAAUUGUAAUAUUUUACAAUGUGAUCAAAUAAACCCAUA